AUGAUUCGCGGCCAUUUUGGAGUGAAAACAAGCGACGAGACGUUAAAGGUGCUCAAAUUCCCCAUCGUUACAGUUGAACAGAAGCAAUCUCAAGAAAACACUUCCCAACUGCUGAACAGAGAAGGUCUCAGAGUGAGCGACGCUGUUGUGGACAACACAAAUGACGAUUUAUUGUUAAAGAUGGGCAAGGAAGAUAUAAGUGAACUACCAAAAGAAGACGGCAUGGAUAGAAUCAGAAAGUUUUUCCGCGAACAACAGAGUAGCAGCGGAUUUACCUCAAAGAAACCUAGCGAAUCGCGAAGCACUGAAGGUGACUCGCAUUUCCAAAAUGUGGAAAACAUAAGGAACACUGUAGAAAAAGAUGGUUACCAUACAAGGAUACGAUUUAAAAUUCAGUAA